CCGAUUGACGGGGAUGGUCCGCGGGUGUCACCUCAGCGGGCGGUAUGCGUGCGGUGUCGGCAUGAGUUGAGACAGAAGAUGAAGAUCUCGUACGACCUCCUGCUGUGUUCGGUGACGAGCUAGUAAUAUACAGGGUACCUGUACUAGCCGAGACAACGUUCUGUGCUUCAUAGUCAUGGUUCAUCGCACGACCGCGCUACCGCUGACCAGUCGCCCAGAUCAGCGCCAGCUGCGACGCAGCCGAUCAACGUCAAUUGCCGCUUUACUCGCAACAGCGCGCGCAUAUAUAUAUCCUCGUCAGCAUGGAGUACUGACCCCAAAACGCUGCACGCCCUCACCGACAUUUCGUACGCAACAGUAUGCGCGUAGUCCAAGGUCCCGGAGGCCCUCUCCCAGCGAUCCCAGAUGACUUGACGAUUCCGCAGUUCAUGUUGGAUGUCGGGCACCUAAACAGACCAAGACUAGGCAAGAAUCGGCCAUGGAUGAUUGAGGAGGCCACAGGGAGGGAAGUGGGAGAAGAGGAGCUUCGUUCGCGCACAGACAGUCUUGCGAAUGCGCUCAAAACCCGUUGGAACAUAGGAGAUGAAGAUGUUGUUUGCGUGUACAGUCCGAACCAUGUUGACUUCCCUGUGAUGGUCUGGGCCGUUCACCGACUGGGAGCUGUCAUCAGCACAGCCAACCCUUCGUACAAUCAUAACGAGCUCGUCCACCAAUUGAAGACCACCGACGCCAAGCUUAUCUUUGUGCAUUUCACCUGUCUCGCGAUCGUAGAAGCUGCCGCACGCACGGUCGGGCUCAUGCUGGAUAGCAUUGUCCUAGUUGACAGACCACCGAACGGGAAGUCCUCUUACAUGACGGUCCAGGAACUCGUCACGAAGGGCCUGAGCAUACCGAUAAGCUAUACAGAGAGGAAACUCAAAUCAGGCGAAGGAAAGACAAAGAUCGCGUUUCUGAACUUCUCUAGCGGCACCACCGGGCUUCCGAAGGCUGUGAUGGUCCCGCAUUACGCGCAGAUCGCCAACAUCAUUCAGUGCGUUGUUUAUGCCGAGGGCGAUCCUAAGCCAUGGGAAGACAAACCCUUCAGACCCGGUCGGAUAAUAUACGCAGGUUUGCCAUUCUACCACGUAUAUGGCCUUGCGUUUAUCAUGCACUUUGGGUUCUUCCUCGGGAUGCCGCUUGUCGUUUCCCAGAAAUUCGUCUUCACCGACAUGCUCAAGAGUAUCGAGCGCUACCGUAUCACAACCCUCCCCUGCGUGCCUCCUAUGGCCGUACUGUUAGUCAAGCACCCAGACGUGAAGAAAUACGACCUCAGCACCAUCCAGUCUGUCAUGAUUGGGGCCGCCCCCGUUUCGCCCGAACUUCAAGCAGCUGUGGCCAACGUCUUUCCCAAAGCCAGGGUCGGUCAAGCCUUCGGUAUGACAGAGAGCUUCGCAGUGGUAACGCUCCCGCGACAUGACCAGAGGGUUGGCACGCUGGGCAGUGCAGGGGUGCUCAUUCCCGGCGUCGCCGCGCGCGUCGUCCGCCCGGACGGCACGGACUGUGCGCCGGACGAGCCCGGGCAGUUCCUCGUGAAGGUGCCCUCUCUGGCGCUGGGAUACUUGAACAAUGAGCAGGCGAAUAAGGAGACGUUCGUGGACGGGUGGCUGAACACGGGCGACGAGGUGAUCGUCAACGACCAGGCCGAGCUGUUCGUCAUCGACCGCAUCAAGGAGCUCCUGAAAGUGCGAGGCUUCCAGGUCGCUCCCGCGGAACUCGAGGGCUUCAUCCUCGACCAUCCGGACGUCUCGGACGUCUGCGUGGUCAGUCUGCUCGAUGACUUCAACGGUGACCUCCCCCUCGCGUUUGUCGUGCCCACCGCGAGCGCUAAGGAGCGCAUGAGCAAGGACCCCGCCGAAGGUGAAAAGAUCAAAGCGGCGAUCGUCAAGUACGUCGCGGAUGGCAAGAUCUCCUACAAGCAGCUCACUGGCGGCGUCGAGUUCAUCGACGUGAUCCCGAGGAACCCUAGCGGGAAGCUGCUCAGACGGUUCCUACGCGACAAGGCAAGGAGUGCACACCUGAAGACCAAGGGCGUUAAGGCGAAGCUUUGA